AUGGCUCCCACCCCCAUCCGCGUGACUUCCCGCAACAGUGCGCGCAACCUCGGUCGAACACUGCCAUCGCCGGCGGAGGAACAUCCGUUGGAGGCGGCAUGGGUGGAACAUCCGUUGGAGGUGGCUUCAUCCCUCCUCUGUCUCCUCCACAGGGAGGCGCAGGUGGCCGUCGCAGGGGCCGCAGCUAUGAAACACAAGGCCAACUGGACUGUACCGAACACUAAGAAGUUCUGUGACAUAUGGUGCCAUGAAAUUGCCAUUGGCAAUUGUACCAAGGGAGUCAUGAGCAAGACUAGGUGGAGGGAAGUCAUAAGGAAGUACCAAGCAGCAAUAGGUUUGGUCCAUGACAGGGAGCAGAUUGCUGGUAGGCUAAGGCAGCUCAAGGCUCAAUGGGCAUUCUGUAACAAGCUCCGCUACGCCUCUGGCUUAGGCCGUAGCGACGAUGGAACUGUUGAGGCCACUGAUGCAUGGUGGAAAGCAAAUACCAACGGGCAAUCUGAUUUGAUGAAGUUCAGGAAAGGUUUGCCUGAGCACUUAGAUCAAAUGGACAAAAUGUUUACUAGAAACACAGUAGAUGGCUCCACAUCUUUUGUUGCUGGUGAAAGUGGUACUAUUGAUUUGGAUGGUGGAAGCUCGGAUGAAGAGGCAGCAGAUGAAAUGGAAGACCAGCUGACCCCAUUGAGCAUUGGCAACAAGAGGGCCAGCAGCACGAGCACCACUGCAUCCAGCCCACGCAAGAGGUCCAAGAGCCCAGCACUGAGGGCAAUGGACAACAACAUGAGGACACACAAUGAAAUUGCCAACCGUAGGCUCUGCCUGAUGGAGAGCAUGUUUGAGCAUAGGAAGCAAGAGGACCACAAUUCACGGUCGGCCCUUAGUGAGAAGAUAGACAGGGUCACCCAGAUAGCAAGGGAGAUGGGUAUAAGUGCACAGACUCCAACAUUGUUCAGGGGCCUAUACAAGAUCAUCCACAAUGAAAGUGAUAUGGACUUCUUCCUUGCCAACAGCCCUGAAGAAAGGAUGAUCAUCAUCGAGCAAGCUGCGCCGGGUGAUGUUGUAUCAGUAGCAGCAACCCAUUGUGUAGACCCUUGGGAUGUUUUCCAAGAGAUGAUGAUGGCUGAGUUAGAGGAUGCUAAAGAUGAUGAUGCUUUUAUCUAUGGUAUGUACCAGUAUGCCCUACACAUUGACAAGCAUUUGAAUAGGGCUGAGUAUAGGCAACCUGCCAUGACUGGUUUGGAAUGGGUACAGAGGAAGCUUGGGGAUAGCAAGGCCUGUUUUAGCAUGUUUAGAAUGAGCCCACCUAUGUUCCAUACACUGCAUGAUCUUUUAGUACAAUCAUAUGGCCUGAAAUCUAGUGCUAAGUCCACCUCGGUUGAGGCUAUAGGGAUGUUUCUUUGGAUGCUUGGGGCACCACAAUCUUUUAGGCAAGCUGAGGACAGAUUUGAGAGGUCACUAGGGACUGUCUCCAACAUGUUAAACAAAGUUUUGAAGUGUAUGGUGAAGCUUGCUGCUGACAUUAUUAAGCCUAUCGACCCACAAUUUAGAACAAUGCAUCCUAGACUGAGAAAUCCUAGGUUUUUGGCUGAGGCCAAAAUUUUUUGGCCUCUAAACGCGGCCUCAGAUGGUUGGCGGCAUACUCAAAGUGUUUGUGGUAGUGGUUGGGGGCCGGCGUUGUGCAUCAUGAACAGGGGCGAGGAGCAACAACAACUCGAUCUGGAGGACAUUCUGGGCACCAUGAGCACUGCUGCUCCCCCUGCAGCCGUCCCCGCAGCCGACGGUGAAGAAGUGGCUACUGCACCUGCAUCAUCGGAAGCAACAGCAGCUCCCUCGACGAGGAAGCAUAGGAACCCGAGCCUGUACGCCAACAACGUACCUGCAGCUGAGAUAAUUGACUCGCUCCCCCUGGAGACGCGGCUCUUGGUGCGCCGUCGGCAGUAUGGAGGCUUCUGGCAAGCUGAGUUCCUACUCAAGGGCAUGGCUGCCGCUGGCACAUGCUUCGAGCCAGAAGCAUCGGACAUCUUCCUCGCCAGCUUACCCAAGUCCGGCACCACCUGGCUCAAGGCCCUUGCCUUCGCGACGCUCAACCGUGCCACACACUCGCCGUCCGACGGCCAACACCCGCUCAACCACCGGAACCCGCACGACUGUGUCGGCUUCCUGGAGUUCAGGAUCAUCCAGCAGCAGCAGCAGCAGCAGCACGACGCCGCCGGUGCAAGGGCUUCCCCAUGCCAUCACGGAGGAGGGUUCCCGGUGCCGGAUCGUGUACGUAUGCCGGGAUCCCAAGGACGUGCUCAUCUCCUACUGGAACUUCUACAAGAAGGUGGCAGCGACGGCAGCCGCCACUGCCGGUGGCGACGGCGACGGCCAGGACUCUGCAGGCGUGACCAAAUUCGAGGAGGUUUUGAGCUCUUCUGUGAGGGACGGUUCCCCGAGAGGCCACACUGGCUGCAUGCCCUAGAAUACUGGCACGCGAGCCAGAGGAGGCCGGACCAGGUGCUGUUCCUCAGGUACGAAGACAUGCUGGGAGAUCCGGUGGGUAACCUCAAGAAGCUAGCAGCGUUCAUGGGGUGCACCUUCUCUGAGGAGGACGAGGAGGAUGGGGUGGUGGAUCAGAUCGUGGAGCUGUGCAGCUUGGAGAAUCUCAAGAGCAAGGACGUCAACAAGAACGGGAGUACGCGGCUGGGCAUCAAGAGUGAGUCAUUCUUCAGGAAGGGGCAGGUCGGCGACUGGAAAAACUACAUGACCAUGGACAUGGCGGCGAGGCUGGAUAAUAUUGUUGAGGAGGCCACCCGAGAUUCUGGGCUCACCUUUGGGGACUCCUCACUCCUCGGUCGAGGUUAA